UUAAUCAAAUGAAAAAUUAUAAAAAAUAUUAAUCAAUGCGUGAAGUCUAAGUUAAGACGUUUGGGUUGGUUUUAUGGUGAUUGGUACAAAUUCGGACGUAUUUGACGUACACAUAGCCACAUAGGACAGGCUUUAGUACCUAUUAUAGGUACAUAACCAUAGUACAUUAUACCGGCUUCCGACAUUACCCGUUAGAUGCUCAUAACCCAUUUGUAUAAUAUAUUAAUACUAUUCGAUAUUUUACUCUAUCACAUAAUUUAAUGAUACCUAUACGAAUUAUACGAGUUCGUCAUUUUUAUCUUGCGCACCUUUUACAAGUUAUAACUUUGUCAUGAAGAGGGAAAUAAGUUGUCUGUUUAUUGAUCUUAUCAGUGGCGUAGUUACGGGGGAAACCCCUUACACCUCCCCCCCACCAAACAAAAAUCUUUUUUAUAUUGGUAUUGUGGCGUACGAGGGAAAAAUGUGUUGAUAACGGUGUUGUUGUGACUUCGUGCUGGCUUCCCCCGUAGCCAACAUGUUGUUAGUAUUACCCACGGACUACUACACUGUGUAGUAGUCCGUGCUUUCGGCAAACUGCUGACGGUACGAAUAAUAAAUUAUAUAGCAUGACAAGUCGAAAAAAUUAUCGUCGAUAACAAUUUUAUCAUAGCUAGGCCUCGAUAACUAUUAUUGAAAUAAUAACCAAUUAAAAAAUCGACAAAAACAGAAAAGACAGAAAUUUAUUAGUUUGAUAGAUUUUUAUAAUGAUGAUAAUAUGGCGGAUAAAAAUAAUGAUAUUUUGAUAUCUAAGUUAAAACUUUGGCAACGUAAAAUACUUGCUCUAGAAAAAAAACCUAAAAAUGUUAUGGAUGCUUUAAUUAUCUGUAAUGACAUGUAUCCAGAUAUAUACAAAUUACUACAGAUUUUAGCAACACUACCUGUUUCAACAGCUUCAUCCGAAAGAUCUUUUUCAUCAUUGAAGAGAAUUAAAACGUAUCUAAUGAAUACAAUAUCACAGAAAAGAUUAAAUGGAUUGGCAAUGCUGUCCGUUCAUCGUUCAAUAUCAGUAGAUGCAAGGGAAGUAUUGGACGAAUUAUCAACUGUCAAGCGUCGAGUGGAUUUUAUUUUAUGAAUUAUUAUAACAGUCUAAUAUAAAACUAUUGCAACUAUUUAUAACUAAUACCAAUUUGAAACAAAAUAAAAAUUACGUUUAGUUUAACUAAUAACUAGUAAUUUGUAUCAUAAAUAUAUUUUAACAGUAGACUCGCGCAGUUAAAAAAACCCGUCGAUUACACGUUCGAUAGCGUUAUUAUUACAACGGAAAAAGACGAUCGUAUCUUAUAUGACCAUCGCGUAAGUUUCGAGUACAAUAUAAGUCAGAUAAGUGUGAUAGUAUAUAUGUAUAACUAUUAUAAGUUGUUAUAAAUAAUACCAAAAGAAAAUAUUAUAAAUUAAUUUUAUUUUGUUAAUCAAUUCAAUGAAAAUAAAUUAAAAACAAUGAAAAUUAAUAUAUUAUUUUCAAAACAUUAAUUAGCUUGGCGGGCCGGAUUCGGCCCGCGGGCCGUAGGUUGGAU